CCCCUACCAACUUAAUUCUAUCCCUUCCCCGUGUAUUUCUCUGUGAUAUCAUCUCAUUCCCCAUAGAUCAUCAUUUGAAUGACCCAUCUUUACUGUCAUUAACUCAGAAUGGCUAAAGGUGCGCCCGCCGCAUCCUCCCCCACGACCGCGACUCCUCCCUCUGCGGCGUUGAAACGCACCACCUCGAGCGCCCAGAACAUGCGAAGCCAGAAGUCUAUUCUCGGCUUUUUCCAGAAGUCCUCGCCGUCCACACCCUCGAAUGCCCGCAACGCUGAGCCCGCUUCCUCGCCGGCUCAGAGAGCUUCGGAACAGCGAACAGCUAGUGCCAGCAAAGGGGCUGCGAAGAAGAAGAGUGUCCCCGAAUUCUCCGACCUGACGCCUAUUCCUAGCAGCGACCUGCCUAUUCCUGAUGAGGAUGAGGAUGAAGAUAACAAGACCGAGGCUAAGAACCAAACGGCUUCGCCAUCUCGUCGGGCUAAGAAGAAGGUCAGCUAUGCUGAAUCCGACUCUGAAGGCGAGGACGACGACGACGUGAUAUUUCGUCCGGGACGAAAGAACAAUCGCGCGUCGAAACGGAGAAAGACAUCCCCUGAAAGCGAGGACGAAUUUGAUCAGGGUGAUGCGGAUGUUGGGUAUUCAGAGGAUGAAAUGGACGACUUCGUCGUUGCCGACGAGUCGGAUGAAGAGGCAAAACCGACAAAGAAGCGCAAGAGACCAUCAGUUGCAGCGAAACCUAAAUCGUCUUCUUUGCCCCCUCCGGCCGAGGCCGACGAAGAGGUAGAUCUAGACGUCCCGGAAGGCUCAGCUGGAACGGCGCUCAAAUGGACAUACGACCCAGAGAAUUCCGAGCCUCGCCACAACCGAACACCUCCGCCCUCUGCGAAACCAUCUUCUGGUGCCGUCAAGCAAAAGGCACAUGUCACGGAACCGGAACAGCGUUACGCUUGGUUGGCUAACAUCCGCGAUAUUGACGGGAACCCCAUCGGACAUGCGGAAUAUGACCCCCGAACGCUUUAUAUACCUCCUCUAGCCUGGUCGAAGUUCUCUCCUUUUGAGAAGCAGUACUGGGAAAUUAAGCAGAAGUUCUGGGAUACCGUUGUCUUUUUCAAAAAGGGCAAGUUCUACGAGCUUUACGAAAAUGACGCUACUAUUGGUCACCAAUUGUUCGACCUGAAGCUCACCGAUCGUGUGAACAUGCGUAUGGUCGGUGUCCCAGAAAUGAGUUUGGAUCACUGGGCAAAUCAAUUCGUGGCCAAAGGCUAUAAAAUUGCUCGCGUCGACCAAGCGGAGUCUGCAUUGGGCAAAGAAAUGCGUGAAAGGGAUGGCAAGAAGGGUGGCAAGGAAGACAAAGUCAUAAGGCGAGAGCUUGCAUCUGUUCUCACGGCCGGUACUCUGGUCGAGGGCUCUAUGCUCCAGGACGAUAUGUCCACUUACUGUGUGGCAAUCAAGGAGGCCAUCAUUGAUGAUCUUCCGACAUUUGGUAUCGCAUUCGUGGACACUGCAACGGGCCAAUUCUUCCUUUCUGAAUUCAAGGAUGAUGUCGACAUGACCAAAUUCGAGACCUUCGUUGCGCAGACUCGCCCGCAAGAGCUGCUACUCGAGAAGUCGACUGUCUCGCCGAAAGCCCUCCGUAUUCUGAAGAACAAUACCGGUCCUACGACGAUUUGGAACCACCUGAAACCUGGCAAGGAGUUCUGGGAGGCUGACAUUACGGUCAAAGAGCUGGAUGUGAGCGAGUACUUUGUCUCUCAAGACAAAGACAAUCUGACGGCAUGGCCCGAAGUUCUGCGAGAGGCUCGCGACAAGGAGUUCGCCAUGUCCGCAUUUGGAGCUUUGGUCCAGUACCUGAGGGUCUUGAAGCUUGACCGUGACUUGAUAACCAUCGGGAACUUUACUGCCUAUGAUCCAAUCAAGAAGGCAUCCAGUCUGGUGCUGGACGGUCAAACGCUUAUCAAUAUGGAGAUUUUCGCCAACUCAUUUGAUGGCGGUGCAGAUGGGACGCUCUUCCAACUUCUGAACCGCUGCAUUACUCCUUUUGGCAAGCGAAUGUUCAAGCAGUGGGUGUGCCACCCAUUGAUGGAUUCCAAGAAGAUCAACGCCCGGUUGGAUGCUGUUGAUUCCCUCAACGCAGAUCCCAGCGUUCGGGACCAGUUCUCGUCUCAGUUGACCAAGAUGCCCGAUUUGGAGCGUCUCAUCUCCCGUAUCCACGCAGCCAAUUGCAAGGCUCAAGACUUUGUGCGUGUCCUGGAGGGCUUUGAGCAGAUCGAGUACACCAUGAGCCUUCUAAAAGAGAGUGGCUCCGGAGAGGGUGUGAUUGGUAAAUUGAUCAAUGGCAUGCCCGACUUGAACGAAUUGCUCGAGUAUUGGAAAACUGCGUUCGACCGGACCAAAGCCAAGGAGAAUGGCAUCUUGGUCCCGAAGGCUGGCGUUGAGGAAGAUUUCGAUAACUCGCAGGACCGCAUUGAGCAGCUACACAGUGACCUGGACAACCUGCUCAAACGAACUCGCCGCGAGCUUGGCUCUAGUGCCAUAUGUUACAGGGACAACGGAAAGGAGAUCUAUCAGCUCGAGGUGCCCAUCAAGGUCAAGAACGUCCCCAAGAACUGGGACCAGAUGUCCGCUACCAAGCAAGUCAAGCGCUACUACUUUCCUGAAUUGCGCGCUCUCAUCCGCAAGUUACAGGAGACCCAGGAAACGCACAGUCAGAUCGUCAAGGAAGUCGCUGGUCGAUUCUAUGCGCGAUUUGAUGAGCACUACGCCACCUGGCUCGCCGCUGUUCGGAUCAUUUCGCACCUGGACUGCUUGAUCAGCUUGGCUAAAGCUUCGGCUGCGUUGGGACAGCCGAGCUGCCGUCCCGAGUUCGUCGAGGGCGAGCGAAGCGUCCUGGAGUUCCAGGAGCUGCGGCAUCCUUGCCUACUCUCCUCGGUGGACGAUUUCAUUCCUAACGAUGUGCGUCUGGGAGGUGAUUGUGCCAACAUCGACCUUCUUACCGGAGCCAAUGCCGCCGGAAAGUCCACCGUUCUUCGCAUGACCUGCGUCGCAGUCAUCAUGGCGCAAAUCGGCUGCUACCUGCCCUGUGAAUCCGCCCGCCUGACCCCAGUCGACCGCAUCAUGUCUCGUCUCGGUGCCAACGACAACAUCUUCGCCGCGCAGUCGACCUUCUUCGUCGAACUCUCCGAGACAAAGAAGAUCCUAUCCGAAGCCACGCCCCGCUCCCUCGUCAUCCUCGACGAGCUGGGCCGAGGCACCAGCUCCUACGACGGCGUCGCCGUCGCCCAGGCCGUUCUUCACCACGUCGCCACGCACAUCGGCGCCCUCGGCUUCUUCGCCACCCACUACCACUCCCUCGCCGCCGAGUUCGACGGCCACCCCGAGAUCUCGCCGAAACGCAUGAAGAUCCACGUCGACGACGAGGAGAAGCGCAUCACCUUCCUGUACAAGCUCGAGGAGGGCGUCGCCGAGGGUAGCUUCGGUAUGCACUGCGCCUCCAUGUGCGGCAUCCCCAAGAAGGUCAUCGACACGGCCGAAGACGCCGCCAAGCAGUGGGAACACACCAGUCGGUUGAAGGAGAGCCUGGAGCGCCGCAAGGGCGGCGGCUUCGUCGGCUUGGGCUGGUGGAGUGAUGUCGCCUGGGCGCUGCGCGAGUCGUCCGAGUCGGCGGAGGGCGAUGCCGCGCAGGACAAGGUCACGGACCGGAGUCUUGAGGUUCUUCGCAAGGCGAUCGAGGCGCUUUGA